UAAUAAUCGUUGAAAAAGAGAAAGAAAAAGAAAGAAAUAAAAUUUAUAUAACUUAUGUUUCGGAAAACUAAAUAUAUAAUUUUUUAUGUGUACGCAUAUCCUGAAUCAUAUAUUUGCGUAUAUAAAUGAAGAAUUUCAAAGUUGAAAUCUCGAAAAGAUGUGUGCGUCACUUGUGUUACGAACAAACAAUACAAACAAAUGGAAAAUCAUUUUCGCACGUGGGUAUUCGUCGGCGGGAAAAGUAGGGGAGGCGAUUUUCGAUUCGACGAAUCGGAACUGUCGUUCAUUGGUGACCGAUCGUGCAAGCGCAUGGCAAUAUUUAAAGCGACACGAACGUGGAUCGCGGGAACGUUUUCCAUGGGCAUUGACUGACAAACAGACAAGUUUCUGCCUGCUUUCCAUCAACCAACAGUCUUUGCUCGGACAUUUGACGGAAAGGAAGACGAGUGUUCCAAUCCAUAUUGGCUAUAUUGUGAAACGUGAUCGCUAUGGUUAACAGUAUUAAUUCUUUGUCUUUUUCUGGCGUUGAGAAUAAUGGAGGCAAAGAAGGAGCUGCAGAUUUCGAAAAAGCAAUUAAAAUGUGUGGGUACGGAAGAUUUCACUAUGGCUUUCUACUUCUCUGCGGAGCAAUGUUCCUUUGUGUUGGUUGCCAAAACGGUAUAAAUGCAUAUAUCUUGCCAUCCGCAGAAUGUGAUCUUAAUUUGACUUCUGAACAAAAAGGUCUUCUGAACGUCUCCUUUCUCUUAGGAGGAGUUAUAAGUUCCCUUUUCUGGGGAAUAUUCGCAGAUGCCUACGGAAGGAGAUAUAUUCUUCUCCUUACUUUAUUAAGCGACAGUAUUUUAUCAAUUGGAGGAAGUUUCUCUCAAAGUUUUAAAGUGCUGUUAAUUUUCAGAGGUCUCAAUGGAUUUUUUAUCGGUGCUCCUGGAUCACUAGUCUAUACGUAUCUUGGCGAGUUUCAUGCACAGAAACAAAGAGCAAAAGCUAUUUGUUACGUUGGAUUCUUUUGGACUCUAUCAUGGUUAAUAUUACCCGGUUUGGCCUGGAUCAUUAUACCGCUGCCAAUGUCCUUUCAAUUGAACGGAAUAUUAUAUAAUUCUUGGCGACUUUUCUUGGCCGUUAUUGGAAUACCAACGCUAAUGGUAGCUUUUGUCGCAAGCAGAUAUCCCGAGAGCCCAAAAUUUUUGGUUUCUCAGGGAAAAACGGAGGAAGCAUUGACAAUUUUACGAAAAAUCUAUGCGAUAAACAGUGGUUGUGACGAGGAUGAAUAUCCAAUAAAAAUCUUAUUAUCUGACGAUACAUUGAAUAUUAAUAAUCGUAAAACAUCAUUCUCCGCGUCUAGAAUAUUAAUGGAAUUAUUGAAAAAUAUUUGGCAACAAGCACGUUCGCUUGCAUCACCACCACUUUUGAAAUAUGCGCUUCUCUGUUGGACCAUUUACUUCGCAAAUAUGUUCGGUUAUUAUGGAUUCGGUUUAUGGUUGCCGGAAUUGUUUAAUCGUUUCGAAAAUUAUCAUAAAUUAUUUCCGGAACAAAGUGUAAGCGUCUGUAAAUUGAUCCACGAGACUGAUCUACAAACAGUGAAAAACGUUUUAAUUAAUUCAACCGACGUGGAUAAUUGUUCUCCUAACAUGGAUCAAAUGGUUUUUAUCAAUUCAUUGACGAUUAAUGCAUUUUGCUUAUUGGGCAACAUCAUGUCCGGUUUUUUGGCAAACCGUGUUGGUCGGCGAACGAUUCCAGUAACAACUAUGUUGUUAGCUGGUAUUUUCGGUUUUGCGAUAUAUUUUGUCCAAUCUUCCCUGCAAAUUCUCAUGGUGAGCUGCAUGUUCUCGUUGAUGAUAGGCACAGCGAAUUUCGUCAUUAGCAGUAUAGUAGUUGACAUAUUUCCAACGCAUGUAGGCGCUGUUGCGAUUUGUAUGAUGACCUGUUUCGGAAGAAUCGGCGCCAUAGCUAGUAAUUUAACUUUUGGAAUGUUGCUCGACAUCAGUUGCGAGGUGCCAAUCUUUUUAGUCGGUAGCAUAGUGAUCCUUGGAGGAUUAUUAGGACUGUUUCUCUCAAAGAAAAGAAGUUGAAUAUUUUCUGGUAAGAGAACGCAAGAAACGAGAAUAGAGAUUACGCUUAUUACAACGUAUGACAUUUAAUCAUUCCAUAUUUUAUUAAUAAAUUAUAUCAUUCAAAAAGUCAGUAUUUUUAUAAACAUCAAUGAAAGACAUAGGAUUUUGUAUAAAAAAAUAAAUAAUAGCUAUUUUAUGAAAGAUAGCAUUGAAUUGUCUUUCCUUGAAUUCAUAUAGAACUUCACAAUUUAUGUACAUGAACAUUAUUUACAUAUAUAUUUAAAUAAUUAUGUGAAUUAGAUCACAUGAAUAGUAUUUUAUCAAUUCAUUAUUGAGUAUUAGAUAAUAUCUUUUGCAUAAAUAUGUUUACGAUCAUAUUAUUUGUUAGUAUCAUAUGUUUUAUUAAUCAUUUAUAAUUAUUUCUCUAUAAGAUAUAAAAAUUAUUCUAUUAAAAAUUUUUAAUUUCUUAUAAAUGUUUCAAAAGUUUACAACUGUUCGAAAUGAAAAAAAUGAAAAUUAUUUAUUUCAAAAAUGAGAAAUAUUAAUUUAUAAAUUUUAAUUAAAUGUCAGUUUUAUAAUUUAACAAAUUUUAUUUUUAUAAAUUUAUAAUAAGAAUUUUUUAAUAUAUCUAAUAGGAAUUUAAAAUUCUUGUUUAAAUCUAAAUUUUUAAAUUCAAAAGUUUCGUUAUAAGAAAUUUAUAAUUAUUUUCUAAAACCUAUUUGUUUUGUAAAUGAAAUAUUAUUGUACGUAUGCGUGAUAUAGAUGCAUAAAUCAGAUAUGUAAAAUAUUUUUUGAUCGUGUAAAUACGAAUGUUGUAUAAAUAAAUGAAAAAUUCAAAUUAUACAUACAGAAAGAUAAAAAAAUUUUUUAAACAAAUUA